AUUUAGGGUUCUGGUAGUAAGCCGUUACCUGCAGAUGACGCCUUAGACCAAUCGGUCCUGGUGGAUAGUGAAAUCUCAGUCGGGGAAAAUUUAUACCGCUGAAUUGUAUAUCCGAACUCGAUUAUAAGAUCCCCUUAUCCCAGGGAAGUAGAACUAGAGAUUCAUCGUGAAUCGAACCCUCCCACUUGCAAACCGAAAAAGUUCCGUAAUCAAGCUUCGAAUCCCCACUCCAAUGCUCGCCAAGUUAGCACGGGCAACGUUUACUUCUUGAGGGGGAACCCAUUUGUCAGAUACCGGUACUAUCGGCACACGACCACACAAAUCCACCCGUUCAACCAAUAUCCUCUUCACCUGACUCUCAGUACCAAGCAUACAACACGUCACAAAUCCCCCUCCACCUACAAGAAAACAAUGACACCCCAAGACCUCACCCACGCAACAAACCCCCACCAUGCUCGCCCCCUCAAAGUCCUCAUCCCACUCUUCAAGAACUACAAUACCUUCGACGCAAACGGCCCUAUUGAAAUUAUCGCCCUCGCGGACCGGAGACCGUCAAUCAAAGAGAACUCUUUCGCCAUCACAGUCUGUGCUUAUACUCCCAUCAUCACCUCCAUCGAGAGAGUUUCGAUAGCACGUGAUAUCUCACUUACAGAGGCCAUUGAUCGGCUAGAAGAAUGGGAUAUUAUACUUCUACCCGGAGGUGUAGAGUCUGAAGUUUCUCGAAUAGUUAAAGGAUGGAGAGAUAGGACGGCCGCGAAAGAUAGCGAGGCCUUCCUUUUUAUGACGCUGUUGGAUAGGUAUGGAAGGGAGAGGUGGAGCGAGGGGUUAACUUUGACGAUUUGUACCGGGUCUUUGUUUAUUGGUGGAGCUGGGUUAUUGCGAGGGAGAACAGCAACUACGCAUUGGGCGGCAUUAGGAAAAUUGCAGCGACUUUGUGAUGGUAAGAUCUUUGAGCAUGGUGUGCGUGGAUUCAAUGUUAACCUAAAUCCAGAGAGCUCGGAUCUGAAAACGAAGGUUGUACGGGCUCGUUAUGUUGAAUCUGCGAGAGAUGAAGAAAUGCAGCUGCAGAGGGUCAUCACUGCUGGCGGGGUGGCUUGUGGAUUAGAUGCGGCAUUACAUUUAAUUGACAUAACGGUUGGUGCAGAGAUUUCCGAAUUAGUUGCAACAAGAAUGGAUUACAGUAGAAGGGGCCCCGAGGUGCAAGAAAACUGUUGAGCUUUUUGAUAUAUGUUUAUGACAUGUACCGGGUUGCAGUAUGAGGUAUUGCAAUUAUUCGGGUUGGAGCGCUUCGCGAAAGGUUCAACUGAUGACUCUCUCGAGCCGUCUAGGGUCGAUGUAUUAUAUAGCUAGCGAUAAGACUUGUAGUUGAC